GAUGUUGUAACGGCUGGUGUUACAUUUGAAAAGUCUCCCGUUUAACUGCAGUUGUAAAAGGUAAAAUUAAAUUUUCAUCACAAUUAAGAAAGUGGCACACAUCCUCAACACUUUUCCUUUUGUGAAUUGAUUUAUUUCAUAAAAUUAAGUUUCUUCGCUUAUUCGUUUUUGCGUUUUUGCGUUUCUGCGUUUUUGCGUUUCUGCUUUUUUACGUUUCUGCGCUUUUUUUUUUUCGCUUUUUCGUUGCUGCCCCCUUUUUUUCUUUCAAUUUUAGCAGUCUUUAAAAACCCGUGCCGUUUUUAACGCACACACGCGUGCAUCUGUACCCUCCCCGCGAAAAGGCGCGUCUGUUUAAGGCACUUUUUGUUGCAAGUGAGAAGACUCACCCUUCCUCCACACUUCAGCACGAAGGCAGCGCAUCGUCGCAACUGUUGUUUUGUUUUCGCUGUUUUUAAGAGGAAAGUCGCUUUCCCGUGUUUGCUUUGUUUAUUUGUUCGGCACGUCACCCGUUAGCCGCCGUACCCUCUCACCGCACUACCGCGCCACUCCCCAAAAUGGCCGCAAAAAUGGAAAAGCAAUGCCCCGUGUGCUACUUCAACUUGCCGGACCCAGAAUCAGCCAUCGCCCCGUACGACACCGAACUGAAUUAUUUCAUGUGGGGACCAGGCUUCGAAUGGCAACCAGAACCAGAGGUUAAAAAUAUAUUAGUGGAGGAGGAAAAUUUUGAAGAGUCCGAACAAUCGGAAGAAUCAGUUGCAGGCUUAGAAGAGUUAGACGAAAAGGUGGAUCGAAGUGAAGCCAAAACUAUGUUCAAUGAGAAGAGCAGCAAUGGAAAAGUAUCCGUAGAAGAUGCCUCACAAAAUGCCAGGAAAUUGGGACUAGCUCCAUCAAGCUUGGACGAGAAGAAAGUUAGAGAUUUGUAUGGAGACAGUUUAACCUACGAGCAGUAUUUAGAAUACCUAGCCAUGUGUGUGCACGAUAGGGACAACAUGGAAGAGCUGAUUAAAAUGUUUUCACACUUCGACAAUAACGCCUCUGGAUUUUUGACCAAAAACCAAAUGAGGAACAUUUUGACAACUUGGGGAGAUGCCUUGACCGAGCAGGAGGCCAACGACGCGCUCAAUGCGUUUUCCUCGGAGGACCGAAUCGACUACAAGUUGUUCUGUGAGGAUAUUUUGCAGUAG